UCGAAGUGAGGUUUCUCAUGCGUUGUAUUUCCUGUAACCUGUCUGUGACUCCACUGUUAGCAACUUCACGUGUCGUGAAGAACCUCAUCAAAGGAUCUGCCGCUAUGUCUGAAAAAACGGAGGUUGAUUUAACCGGAGCUAAGCAAAACACCGGUGUAUGGCUAGUAAAGGUUCCCAAGUACUUGGCCCAGCAGUGGGCCAAAGCAUCCGGAAAAGGAGAAAUUGGAAAGCUCAAGAUUGUAAAGAAACAAGGAAAAGCAGAUGUGUCGUUCACCCUGAAUGAGGACCUAACCAGCCUGUCUGCCCUGGGGGAGAAGGCAGCGUCUGUACGAGCUCCCCGGGACCACCCAUUCACCAUGCAUAGUGUGGGGGGGCAGACCCUGGCUGUGUUCACUGAGACCUCUGCAGAUAAGAUCAGUCUGGAGGGCAUGGUGGUACAGAGAGCGGAGUGCAGACCAGCCGUCAAUGAAAACUAUAUGAAACUGAAGAAAUUACAGAUUGAGGUGUCUACCAAGCCCCAGCGUCUGACCGAGCAGAUGGACAGGGCUGUCACCAACAACUUCAAGCCUGUAGCCAACCAUGUUGCUAACGUGGAGUAUGAGAAGAAGAAGAAGGCUGAAGGUAGGAUGGUGAGGGCAGACAGACAGCAGGUGAUGGACAUGCUCUUCUCCGCCUUUGAGAAACACCAGUACUACAACAUCAAAGACCUGGUGGAGGUCACCAAGCAACCUGUGACCUACUUGAAGGAGAUUCUGAGGGAGAUAGGAGUGUACAACGCUAAAGGGACGCACAAGAGUACAUGGGAACUGAAGCCAGAGUACCGCCACUACCAGGGAGGAGAGGAGGAGAUAAAGAGUGACUAGCCCAGAACAGAGCACCCUGUCUGGGAUACAGACAUUGACCUGGGGGCCUACCAUCACGGAAGUCUUUGUUCUUUUGUCUUUCACUUUAUAUAAAACUGCUACCCAAAACUACAUGAUCACAAAGGGUGUACCCUUUAUCAGCUGUUGGUAGGAUGGUGUGUGGGGAUCUUGCACUAUGAACCAGACUGGGUGAAACUUGCCUUAAAGCAACAGUCUUUUGGAUGGGUUCUUUUCUAUGUCGUUUGGUGCAGCUUAUAGAAAUGGUCAUCUUUUUUUUCUUCACUACUUACAGACGCUGAAACUUUGCACUAUCAUUUGUAAAUCAUUUAUAAAAUAAUGU